AGCCAACCCGGGCUGUGCCGAGCUGCUCCCUGCGGGAUCAGAGCGCUCCCCCGCCGGGACCCUUCUCUCACAUCCCCCUGCUGGGACGCGGCUACAUUUCCAGCCAAGCACUGCCUGCCUUGGCUUUAUUAUGUGUGUCUGCGCCGCAGCCCCGCCAGCAGAGGCAGGCAGAGGAGGAGGAGGGAGACUGGUAGCCAGAGUCAGGACAAAGAAAAAGCAGGGAGACAGAGGCUAGCGAAGGGUUAGACUGUUUGCAAUAUUAGGCUGCUAUUAUUACCGCCGGUAGGGCAUUGAGAAAUAUUAACAAAAAAGAAAGCGUGGGUUGUAAAAGCAGUAGCCUAUUCCCCUCGGGGUGAAGAUGCAGGGGAAGAGCGCUAUGUCCAUGCCACCAGACCACCACCUCCACUGCCUAGUAUAGAUUAGCGGGACGGAACACAGGAGGCUGGUCGGUUCGAGUCGGUGCCGCUUCCCUGGAGGGAAAAGAAAAAACCCAGACAGAAAUAGUUUCGAUAAACUAAAUAAACCCAGACGAAGACGCGAGGAGCACGGUGGAAGAAGCCACGUUUCAUAUGAAAGCAAUUUCCCAGAACACUCCGCCGCUUCUCAUCACCUGGACCGUCACGUCCCUCCGUGGCACCGCCGCCUCUCCCUCGGACGGUGCCGCUGUCACUUUGUCUCCACAGCGCGCGGGAGCUACUCAGGUGUUUGCUGCGCGCGUGGCUGGCAGCUCGCGCCGUAGUCUGAAAGUGCAGGAAGAAGUCGGAGCGGCACGAGCGACCGGGCUGCACCGGAGACAGCGAGAAGACGCGUGCGGGGAGAAGAGAAGAAGCAGAAGAAAGCUCUCUGCAUCGGAGCAAGCUGUAACGACAAACGGGGAAUACCGACGGGAAGUUGUCUCCGUUUAUUCUACAGGUUGCGCGAGCCCAAUAAGCCACCUUUAAAGGAAGAAAACACCUGAGAGGAGCCGAGCGUCGCCUGCAGCCGCUUCACCCCCAGUGUGCUCGGGUUGUUGUCGGUGGACUCUCGGCCGGUUCUCCCUCUCUCAGAGACUGAAGCUGCCGCAUUGCAACAGGCGAAGAAGCGGCGGCGAAGUGGUGGAGAAGAAGGAGAAAGAUAUCGCGACUGUGCCAGCUUUGCAUGGUUAGCUGAAAACGCGGAACGGAACAAAAACUGUCAGAGAAUUAAAAACAUUCAAGAAGAAGCGGCUCGAGAGCAGAGAUGUCGAGACGAAAACAGGCCAAACCGCGCUCCGUGAAAGCGGUAGAAGAAGGGGAGUCUUCAGAGUGUGGAGGGACCUGGGAUGAAUCAACUGUCCAGACAGAAGUCCCAGCAUCUGACAGAGACGCAGAGUCCAAAGAACGACGAGGGCCAGGGGCGGAGGAUGGAGAACAAGAGGAACACGAUGACCAUGACGACAGGGAUCAUGACGAUGAUCUCGAUGACGAGUCCAUCUUCACCUGUGAUAACUGUCAGCAAGACUUUGACUGCCUGGCAGAGCUCACUGAACACAGAACCAACCACUGCCCAGCUGAUGGUGAUGAUGACGCAGCGGGGCUGUCCUGGGUGCCUUCCUCACCCUCCAGUAAAGAUGUGGCAUCGCCCUCGCAGAUGCCAGACGGCUGCUGUGACCUCGGCAUGGCCACUGGUGGGGAGGAGGAAGGAGGUGCUGGUCUGCCGUACCCCUGCCAGUUCUGUGAUAAGUCCUUCAGCCGUCUGAGCUACCUGAAGCGCCACGAGCAGAUCCACAGCGACAAGCUGCCUUUCAAGUGCACCUUCUGCAGCCGUCUGUUCAAACACAAGAGGAGCAGAGAUCGACAUGUCAAACUCCACACUGAAAUGAUCUCUCAUAAAUCUGAAACAGGAGAUAAGAAAUACAGCUGUCAGGAGUGUGAAGCUGCAUUCUCUCGUUCUGAUCACCUGAAGAUCCACCUGAAGACACACAGCUCCAGCAAACCAUUCAAGUGCAGUGUGUGUAAACGUGGCUUCUCCUCCACCUCAUCACUUCAGAGCCACAUGCAGGCUCACCGCAAGAAUCGAGAGCACCUUGCUCUGAGGAGUGAGAGGGACGGGGGGAAGAAGGGAGCAGGAGGAGAUGGUGACCUGGAGCAGGACCUGUAUAUGUGUGACUACUGCGAGGAGACAUUCAGCCUUACUGAUGAGCUGGAGAAACACGUCCUUACCAGACACCCCCAGCUGUCAGACAGAGCCGACUUGCAAUGCAUCCAUUGUCCCGAGAUCUUUCUCGAUGAGCCUUCUCUCCUCACGCACAUUGAAACACAGCAUGCCAACCGCAAACACAAAUGUCCUGUCUGCUCAGAACAGUUCCCUUCUGUGGAGGAUGUCUACUGCCACCUAGACAGCCAUCGCCAGCCUGACUCCUCCAUUCACAGCGCAGCAAGUCCUGACCCUGCACUCGGCAGUGUGGCCUCAAUGAGCUCAGCCACUCCAGACUCUAGUGCUAGCCUUGAGAGAGGCUCCACUCCGGACUCCACUCUAAAGCCCAUCCAAGGCAUUGAAAGAGGUCGCAGGAGAGUCACCGACACCGUGGAUGACAUUGGGAUUAGCCUGAGUCAUCAAGUUGGAGGUGGAGGAGGAAACUGGAGUAAAGUGACAUACUCCUGCCCGUACUGUUCCAAAAGAGACUUCCACAGCCUAGCUGUGCUGGAGAUCCAUUUGAAAACCAUCCACGCAGACAAGCCGCAGCAGAGCCAUACAUGUCAUAUCUGCUUGGAAACACUGCCAACGCUCUACAACCUCAACGAACACGUGCGCAAAACUCACCGUGGCAGUGGAGGAAGCAUGGGAACAGCAGCAGCAACUUUUCCACUUCUGCAGUUUACUAAUGUCACAGCAUUUCACUGCAACUACUGCCCAGACAUGUUUGGAGACAUCAACUCACUCCAAGAACAUAUCAGAGUGUCGCAUUGCCUGCCGGGUGGGAUCGUGGCGGGUUCCACCACAUUAGAAGGGAACCAUGCCUUCUUCUGCAACCAGUGCUCCAUGGGAUUCUUGACAGAGUCUUCGUUGACUGAACACAUCCAGCAGACGCACUGCAACUCAGCUACAGGAGGCGGAGUUUCAUCUGGAGGAGCCGUGGCCAAACUGGAGUCUCCUGUGCUGCAGUCUGCAUCGCAAUCCUUCAUGGAGGUUUACUCUUGCCCCUACUGCACCAAUUCUCCUAUCUUCGGCUCACUCCUCAAGCUAACCAAGCACAUAAAGGAGAACCACAAGAACAUCCCAUUGGCUAACAACAAACGACAGGCAAAGGUUGCAGACCUCAGCCCUGCCUCCUCUGAUGUAGAGAUCUCCUCGCCAAAACGCCACAGAUUAGGAGGAGACUCCACCCCCUCCAUGGGCAGCAACGGGGACUACCCUUGCAACCAGUGUGAUCUGCGAUUUGCCAGCUUUGAGGGCUUCCAGGCCCACCUCAAGUCACACCUGGAGAUGCUACUGAGGCGCCAGUCUUGCCCCCAGUGCAACAAGGAGGACUUUGAAUCCCAGGAGGCAUUGCUUCAGCACCUGACAGUGCACUAUACCACCACCUCGACCCAGUAUGUGUGUGAGAGCUGUGAUAAGCAGUUCUCCUCAGUGGAUGACCUGCAGAAACACCUGCUGGACAUGCACACGUUUGUCCUGUACCACUGCACGCUCUGCCAGGAGGUCUUUGACUCCAAGGUGUCCAUACAGGUGCAUUUGGCAGUAAAACAUAGCAAUGAGAAGAAGCUGUUCCGCUGCACAGCGUGUGCCUGGGACUUCAAGAAGGAGGUGGAUCUUCAGCUCCAUGUUAAGCAUAGUCAUCUGGGCCAGAGGUCAGGCCUCCCAGGAGGGCUCGGAGCAGGACUCAAGCCCCGGAAGUGCAUCUUUUGUGGAGAGACAUUUGGAACAGAGGUGGAGCUCCAAUGCCACAUCACCACACACAGCAAGAAGUUCACAUGUCGCUUCUGUGGCAAAGCCUUCCAUGCUAUCUCACUGCUGGAGAGACAUCUGAGAGAGAAGCACUGCGUCUUCGAAGGUGGCAACAUCACUGGCAACGGAGGUGGCACAGGGAGCAGCAGUAGUCAGAAUGGGACGCCCAAUGGUCUAGCCACGUCCUCUAAGCGAGGAGGAGGGAGCGGUGGCAAUGGAGGUGCAGGGGCUGAAAGAGUAACAGUGGCAGCAGCAGAACAGGCUGACCUACAGAACAUGCUGCUAAAGAGUGGAGGAGCCAGCCAGGGAGGAGACACUGCCAACAGUCAUGAGGCAAGCGGGGCUGAGGAGGAGCUGGACAAUUCAGAGCCCAUGUAUGCCUGUGAUAUCUGUGGUGCAGCUUACACCAUGGAGUCUCUUCUGCAAAACCACCGGCUGCGUGACCACAACAUCCGACCAGGAGAAGAUGACGCUAGUUCUCGAAAGAAGAAGGCAGACUUCAUCAAGGGUAACCACAAGUGCAACGUGUGCUCCAGAACAUUCUUCUCUGAGAGUGGCCUUCGUGAGCACGCUCAGACGCAUCGCGGCCCCGCCAAACACUACAUGUGUCCGAUAUGUGGCGAGCGUUUCCCCUCUCUGCUAACCCUCACUGAACACAAGGUGACCCACAGUAAGAGCCUGGACACAGGAACCUGUCGAAUCUGUAAAAUGCCACUGCAGAGUGAGGAGGAGUUUAUAGAGCACUGCCAAAUGCACCCUGACCUACGCAACUCGCUCACCGGCUUCCGCUGCGUCGUCUGCAUGCAGACGGUCACCUCUACCCUCGAGCUGAAGAUCCACGGCACCUUCCACAUGCAGAAGCUCUCCACUGGCUCUGGACUUGGAGGAGCCGGAGCAGGAGCUGGAGGAAAUGGAAUAGGAGGAGGAGGAGGCGGAGGAGGCGGAGGAGGGGGGAAUGGCUCAGCUUCAUCGUCCCCUAAUGGGCAGCUGCAGCAGCAUAAGCUGUAUAAAUGCGCCUUCUGCUUAAAGGAGUUCAAGAACAAAGGGGAGCUGGUGAAGUUGGAUGUCAACGGCUUGCCUUAUGGCCUCUGUGCUGGCUGCAUGAGCAGGGGCACAAACGGCCAGAGCCCCAACCAGGGAGCCAUCACACCUGGGGACACGCAGGGAGAGAAGGGGAUGGCCGGGCUGAGGUGUCCAGAGUGUGGGGUGAAGUUUGAAAGCGUGGAGGAUCUGGAGAGCCACGUUCAGACUGAUCACCCUGAGGUCAGCCCUGAAACCAGCGCAGCAGGAAAGAAGUCCGAGGCUUCACCUGCUCCUAAGAAAAAGACGUAUCAGUGUAUCAAAUGCCAAAUGACGUUUGAGACGGAGAGGGAGAUCCAGAUACACGUCGCCAAUCACAUGAUCGAGGAGGGCAUCAAUCACGAGUGCAAGCUGUGUAACCAGAUGUUUGAUUCACCUGCCAAGCUGCUUUGCCACCUAAUAGAGCACAGCUUUGAAGGCAUGGGAGGUACCUUCAAGUGUCCCGUCUGCUUCACAGUGUUUGUGCAGGCAAACAAGCUCCAGCAGCACAUUUUUGCUGUGCAUGGUCAGGAGGACAAGAUCUACGACUGUUCCCAGUGUCCGCAAAGUUCUUCUUUCAGACAGAACUACAGAACCACACACUGAGUCAGCACGCGCAGUGAGACCGAGGCCCGGCAGGAUCUCUCGGCUCAGCCGGGGCCCCCGACCCGGAGCCGGCAGGGGACUCCCAUCUCCACAUCACAGCCAAUCAAAGUGUCAUUUGCUACUCACAUGUAAAACUCUAACGAUCGCGCCACUGGGCGCGGCUAUUAGGAGCAGCGGGGGAAAGGAAUAUUAAUGGGAUAUGCUAUAAAUAAAGAAAGGAGAAGUGGGUGAGAGAAACGGUAAGAGCUAGAUGAAGGAAAAGAGAGAUGUGAAAAAAGGUAUUGUACGUGCAGUAUUUUUUAUUGUCCCUGCCAACCCCACACACCAGCUUCUUCCCCCUCUCCCAUCUUCUCCACUCACCCAUCGCUCCUCAAGUCAGGCAUUUUAUUUUUUUUAACAAAUAGAAAAGAAAAAAAAGCGAGAAACACCCUUUGUUUUAGGAUUUUUUAAUAGAUCGUAGAAAAUGCUACACUUUCUUGUCCCCUCAGUUGCUUACUGUAUUUAACUUCAUAGGUGCCAAUUUCUUUGACUUUUCUUUGCCAUAUGCGCUUACUUCUUUUUCAUUUUUGUACCUUUUCUUUCUCGCCGUAAGUAGGUACUUGUGCUGUGUUGUGAUUGUUUUGUUUUGCAAGUCGUAAUAUUCUUGAGUUUCUUACCCCCAACUCUCCUUUUUAUGAUUAUUGUUAUAUAUUUUUUCCUUUUGUAAUAUUAUGAAAAAAAGACAUCAAACAAAAUAAAGUGCAGAAAACCAUACAGAUGUUUCUUUUUUUUUGGAUUGGGUUUUCCAGUCUCUAUGGGGCCUAUAACGGUUAUUGUAAAAUGAAUAUCAUCGAUUUCAGUGCGUCUGGUCAAUGACUGCUUUUUAAAUGUGAAUUAACCAGAUUGCAAUAAUCUAGUACAGACAAAAAAAGAUAAAACAAAUAAACAAAUGACAAAGAA